GAAUCUAUUCCACUGCCUGAUGGUAUGUAACCCCAGAUGAGAAGGGAUAUGGCAUGGUUCAAUAGUUAUCGCUAUGAUUAUGGAGCCAAAGAUAGGAUUCUUGGGUACCCUGAUGAUCCAUACAACAGCAUAUGGGAGCCUCGGAUUCCACCUGGCCUAGAGCCGGUAACUACAAAUUUCACUUCCAUCGAUGUUACAUCUGUUAAUGACCCUCCCGAUUCUGCAAUAAGCACAGCAGUUGAGGCUCAAAAUUCAUCAGAUCCUAUUGACUUGAGUUUUGGUUUUGGCAAUGUAAGCCACCUAGACCAUGUGGAAAUGUGCUUCACUGAGCCAUUCCUGCAAACUAGUGAUACUAGAUCCUUCAGUGUACUCGUGAACAAAAAUUACGUUAACACUACCAGACCAGAAUACCAUAACUGUGUCAGCAUUGGGGCAAACACCCUGUCUGUUUGCACUUUGAAUGUUCAGCUAGAACCAACCAGCAAUUCCACACUAUCACCGAUAAUAAGUGCCAUAGAAGUUUACACUGUUAGUGAACCUCUUGUCACUGCAACUACAUCACAAAAUGACUUGGAGGGAUUGGGAGAAUUUGUGGAGACCUUCAAACAGCUGAAUGGAUGGAACGGGGAACCAUGUUUACCGGAUGACACCAUCUGGCAGUGGCUAAACUGCAGCCCUGAUUAUCAACCUUCAAGAGUAACUGCAAUGUAUACACAAAUCUUGACACAGUUUUAUUUUCUCUUAAUGUUUCUUGCCUAG